GCGCUGGCGGGCGGGGUGGGCGAGCGGAUCGGAACCCGGAGUCAGGAUUCGCGAGAGUCGAACCUGCGCGGAAAAAAACCAGGCGGAAAGCGGGGGGCAAAACCCGGCGCGGCCUGAGCCCGGCCCCGGCCCCGGCCCGGAGGGAGAUGGCUGGAGAUGGCCUCGAUGAGAGAUUAUUUGUCUGGUGUGAUGACUGUGGGGAGUACCACGACUCGGAAUGCCCGGAGCUGGGUCCACUGGUGACCGUCAGUGACUCUUUUGUUUUGAGCAGAGCUCGGUCUUCACUGCCAUCCAGUUUGGAGAUCAGGCAGCUGGAAGAUGGAAGUGAAGGGGUCUUUGCAUUGACUCCCCUGGUGAAGCGCACACAAUUUGGACCAUUUGAAGCCAAAAGAGUUCCCCAGCUGGAGAAAGAAAGCAUGUUUUCUCUGAAGGUUUUCCAGAAGGACAGGCCCGAUGUUUGCUUUGACACCACGAACGAAGAGGAAUGCAAUUGGAUGAUAUUCGUGAGACCAGCAACAGACUAUCAUCACCAAAAUCUCACAGCCUAUCAACACAGCCAUGAUAUUUACUUCAACACAUUACAGGACAUCCAGCCUGGUACCGAGCUUCGUGUCUGGUAUGCAGUGUUCUAUGCAAAGAAAAUGGAUAAAUCAAUGCUCAAGCAAACAGCAAGUGCAGUGAAGGAUGAGAGGCGAUCUGAAGAAGAGUCUAAACUACUGCCUAAGAUCCAGUCUGUAACAUCUCUAUGUGAUAAGGGAAGUAACACUACGGUGUCUAUGGCACUGACUCCAGACAGAGUUAAAGAGGGCAGUGCAGUCCCUACAGUGGACCUGAAUCAGUGGACUUGUAAAGUUUGUUCUGAUGUCUUUCAGGAACCACAUCUUCUCACAGAGCAUCUGAUGAAUCACUUGGAGCAAGUUCACGGAGUGCCUGCUCCUACGAAGGAUUCAGGUCCCGACAGAGUCACGGGCCUGCUCCCCGCUGAUCGCCCGGCUGCAGCUGAAGUUGCCACAAAUCCGGAACAGAAGCCCAGAGCCAGACGGCCUCGGAAGCCGAAGUUACGGCGGGACGAGCCCGAGCCGUUGCCCUCCGACCGCAAUCAGACCGCAGUGUCCGAGAGUGUUGUGAAAGCCUCUUCAACAUCUGCACCUUUGGAAACAUCUGUUCGUGAAGGAAGAAUGGGUGAUAUGUUAAAUUCAGGGAAAAUGUUGCGAAAUGGCCGUCACGUACGUCCAAAUUUGAGGCCUGACGCACAUAGAAAGAUAAUUAGACGUUCGGGUGACCUUCGAGUCUACCAGUGCUACCUCUGCAAUAAGUUCUUCAACAACAGCAGCAACCUGAAGAGACACAUCCGUUCUCAUGGUGAUAAACUUUACAAAUGUGAUGAGUGCGAGAAAGAAUUCAGCCGAAAGGAAAGUUUGAAACAACACGUCUCGUAUAAGCACAGCAGGAAUGAGGUGGAUGAUAGCUACAUGUUCCAGUGUUCCACAUGUCUAAAAGCUUUCCGCAUCAGGACUGCGCUGGAGUUUCACAACUGUCGAACAGGUAAAAGAGAUGACAAAACAUUCCAGUGUGACAUGUGCUUCAGAUUCUUCUCGACCAACAGUAAUCUUUCAAAGCACAAGAAGAAACAUGGCGACAAGAAGUUCUCCUGCGAUACUUGUGGGAAAAUGUUCUACCGGAAAGACGUGAUGUUGGACCACCAGAGACGGCAUACUGAAGGUGGAAAACGUGUGAAAAAAGAUGAAAGUGAGACCAAUGGAAUGGUGAAGUACAAAAAGGAACCAUCAGGUUGCCCUGUCUGUGGAAAGGUUUUCUCCUGUCGAAGCAACAUGAAUAAGCACCUGCUGACACAUGGAGACAAGAAGUACACUUGUGAGAUCUGUGGACGCAAAUUCUAUCGUGUUGAUGUUCUGAGGGAUCACACUCAUGUCCAUUUUAAGGACAUUCCACUGAUGAAUGAGCAGCAGCGGGAACAGUUCAUCAGCAAACUUGGGAUCACAGCAGAGGAAACGGAAGAUACUUCAGACGGACCAGGUGAACCUAUUCCACAUAAGUACAGCUGCAAAAAAUGCCAGGCCACAUUUGCCAAGGGGAGUCAGUAUUUAAAGCAUCUGAUGGAGAUUCACAAGGAGAAGGGCUAUGGCUGCACAAUCUGCAAUCGCCGCUUUGCGCUGAAGGCCACCUAUCACGCUCACAUGGUCAUUCACAGGGAGGAGCUGCCGGACUCUGACCCCAAUGUGCAAAAAUAUAUCCAUCCCUGUGAUAUUUGUGGAAGGAUCUUUAACAGCACAGGGAACUUGGAACGUCACAAAAUAAUUCACACAGGAGUGAAGAGCCACACUUGUGAGCAGUGUGGGAAGUCCUUUGCCCGAAGAGACAUGCUGAAGGAACACAUGAGGGUACAUGACAAUGUUCGGGACUACCUGUGUGCUGAAUGUGGCAAAGGGAUGAAAACCAAACAUGCGCUGAGACAUCACAUGAAGUUGCACAAGGGAAUCAAAGAAUACGAGUGCAAGGAGUGCCAUCGGAAGUUUGCCCAGAAGGUCAACAUGCUCAAGCAUUACAAGAGGCACACGGGUGUGAAGGAUUUCAUGUGUGAACUGUGUGGGAAAACAUUCAGUGAGAGGAACAGCAUGGAGAAUCAUAAACUACUUCACACAGUUGGAAAGCAGUGGACCUGCAGUGUGUGUGAGAAGAAAUUUGUUACGGAGUACAUGCUCUUCAAACACAUACAGCUGACUCACAAAAAGGUGGAAGCGCAGAACUGCCACCUGUGUGGCACAAAGGUCUCGACGCGAGCGUCGAUGAACAGGCACAUGCGACGCAAGCACCCUGAGCAGGACAUAAGCUUGCAUGAGAGUGAGCUAGCUGAAAUAGGCCAGGUGAAGAGAUCAAAACGAGCGCAAAGGAAGAAGAGGAAAUUGGAAGAAGAGGAUGAUGACGAGGAGGAGGAAGACGAAGAGGAUGACGACGAUGAAGAUGAUGAUGAAUCAGCAACAGCUCCCGAAGAGGCUGCUAUGUAUUCCUACGCAGACAAAGAGGCUGGUUUUGCAGCAACAGUGGAGGAUGAGACAGAUUCAGCAGUGCAAAACAUGAGUCAGGUAGUUGUGACGCUUGGAGAUUCAAAUGGUUCCACGGCGACCAGUUCUGCUGGACUGACAAACAUUGCGGUUUCGUCCAACAUCAGCACCGUGGCCGGGACCCAGUUCACCAACCUCCAGCCCAUCACAGUGACUAACCUGACACUGCAGGACCGGCAGAUGCAGCUCGACUCCAUCCUAACAGUCAGCUUUGACUCCAUCAGUGGCUCCACAGUGGUGCACAGUCGGCCAAUGGAGAUCCAGAUCGAGGCACAGCCUGCCUCCACGCCUCAGGCCCAUUCCCUGCCUCAGUCCAUGAACUUGACCACAUUCGUCAACUCUAUCGCCCCCGUUGAGAGCUCCCUGACCGAGCAGCAGCACACCAUGACCUGGAGGGCUGUGCCGCAAGCCGCAGAUGGCACUCAUCACAUCCUGCAGCCUCAGCAGACAACAGCAGCAGCGCCAGCACCACCGCCUCAACAGCAGCAGGUUCAGGUUCAGGCGCAGCAAUCCCAACAGUCCCAACAACAGAUGUACAGCUACUAAUGAAUCCCACCCCUUUCUGUCCCCACUGCAAGAUACAGAACAGCCCCUCCCUCACCCUGGGCAUCAGCAACACCCAAUGCAGAAUAAACUGUGAAAGACACGCUACCGCUUCACACAGUGGAAUGAAGCUGUCCACUCUGAACUAGUGUCGAUCCACUCCUGACAUUCGACACACCUCUGCAGCACCAACAACUUUCUGCAUUCAAUCCACUCCACCCCACAGAUUUCCCAGCUUGGAUUUGUAGAUUUGAGGUGAACACGGCGUCUUGAGUGUAUUAUUAGCAGUUUAAAAUGAACUUUUUUUUAAAUUAAAAGUGAAAACAAAAUUAGGCUUGAAGUGGAGCACAAUUUAAAACAAAAUGUAUGAAAGAUUCUGUGACAUUUCCUAAUGAGUUAAAAUGUGUUGGAAUUGUGAAUUAGUGCAACUGCUAAAUAUCCAGCUCUGUUUAAUUGUGACUAUGAAUGGGUCUGCAUGUGUGUGGGACAGAGUGUGUUUGGAUCUACAUAUAUCUGGCUGUAUGUGUGAGUGUCUGUUUGUGUGCUAUUUUACCCAUUCAGUGCAUUCUAUCUCUCAUUCUGUAACCUUGACUAUUUUUAUCAGAAUGAUCUUAGAGACACACUCAUGCCUUUUAAAAGGAAGAUUAACAAAGGUGAUAAGAUAACAUUUAUUUGUUUCUGCUCCACAACACCCCCAAAACCACAUGAAAUUGUAUGUAUUUCAUAUUCUUCUCUUAGUUGAACUCGCAUGAGAGUUAUGACCUAGAGACAGGAAACGCUCUCUUAGCCACUAAAAGAGUGCCAGUCAGUAUAAUAAGUUAUGAAUAAUAGGCACCAGCCACACUCACUAAUAAAGUAUGUUAGAAACUGUCAGCAAUGAGCUUUCAACACUGCACUGAAGGAGACCCGAUCGGUAUACAUGCAUUUUACUUAUCAGGACUGUGUGGAGGAGAUGGUGAUGGAAGUAAACAUUAUUUAUUUGACUGAU